UCUCAACAUUCAGUCAACCUACGAACCUUCGCGGUGGUAGAUCCGCAUCAAAAAUCAUCGGUUCGCAUUCUCGCGUAUCGUUACCAGUACCAUCUAAUGGAAAACGGUGUCCAUUAAAACAUGAGCAAACCUCCACCACCGUACACAAACGAACAUCUUGAAACAAUCGGACGACGAAAACGUUGAAACGAAAAGUGAUAAUAAUACGUGGUUGCGCCGCGAAACAUGGACAGGUGAUCUAUGUGCGGUUGAAAAAAGAAAGAGUUUGGAAGGUCAAAACGAAAGACUGAGAUUAGUUUCAUUAUUAUUAUUUUUCGCUGAAGUGUUUUUGGAAAAUCUGUGAUCAAUAAAAAUUAAGUCAAAAUUAAAAGCAGAAAUUUAAAAAGUUAGUGUCGUCGAUAAUUUUAAGAUUUUUGAAAGGAUCACCGCCAUUCAACAGAAAAAAAAAUUACCGAUCGUCAUGAUGCAUCGAGAACUCGCCGUCGUUUUGACGACCAUCGUUUUGGUUUGCACGCACACUGCCAUAUACGCUGCCAACAUCCCAGUGUCGACGACAAGUACACAGGAUGUGACGACGGAACCGGAUGUGUCAUCGGAAUCGGACGUGAAGAUUGACUGCAAUAACGACGAAAUCGUGGUUAGCAUCUCGACGAAUACCGCACGUUUCAACGGGAUGAUUUAUCCUGAUGGAUUAACGAAAACUAGUCCUUGUUUUGGCGAAUAUAUUGAUGCAUCCGUUCCGGUUAAAUACAAACUACCAUUAAGAGCUUGUAAUACAAUGAGUAUAGACAGGGACGAUGGUAGUGUUGAAUAUUACAAUACCAUUGUUGUACAACCCCAUCUUAAACUUGUUACCAAUCAAGGAAAAGGUUUCGUUAUUAGGUGCUGGUACCAAUCAAGAAACAAUACGGUUGUUAUAAACGAAGGGCCGAAAGUAGAUUAUCUGCAAAGCAACGAUUUAGCAAAUCCAACAUCUUCUAUGCCUAUGCCUGGUUGUACGAUGAGAAUAUUUUCGGGGGAUCCAUCAAGACACGAAGUAGCCGAAGCUGUAGAUAUUGGCGAUCCAUUAUCCUUAGAAAUCACUUUAGACGAACAAGACAUUUAUGGUAUAAGAGUAGCAGAUUGCUACGUAACAGAUGGAAUUGGUUCGGGAGAACAGCAACUGAUCAACGAAGAUGGAUGUCCCCUUGAUCCUGAAAUUAUGGGCAUGUUUGAGUAUUCUGAAGACAAAACUAAAGCUACCGUUCAAUUCCAAGCACACAGGUUCCCUUCAACGUUUUCCGUAUAUUAUCAAUGCCACGUAAGGCUUUGUUUAAUAGCUGACGGUGGAUGUGAAAUUGCAGCGCCCCAAUGUGACUACUCUAAUCGCAAAAGAAGGCAAGCUGAUGGAGAUACGGACACUAGUGAAGGAACUAAAGCUAUCAUCGAAGUAUAUAGCGGACUUUACGUAAACGACGCCAACGAUUUAUCAAAAGGGUCAGAUGAUUCGGUGUUUAGUGAGAAGGCUCCAGAAGACAGUAUUUGUAUAUCCCAGAAAAAUUUCGCAAUAGGAAUUUGUAUAGCCGGGGUAAUUUUAAUGUUAUGUGCCAUCAUAGCAAUUGGCUGUCUUAUGGCGAGAAGACGAUCGAAGAAGACUUCGUCGAAUCCAAGCAGCUCAAUAUACAGCGGCCCGUAUACGAACACUGCCUACAGUCACAGCAGUUAAGAACGUAUAAAGAAUAAUAAACGCGCAAGUCCCUUCUUGUUUUUCUAGGUGCAUACUCAGUAAAAUAAUCAUAAUAGAUGCGAUUUGGUGCCAUUCCAAAUUUACAACCUAUUUUCUUGAAAGUGUUCAGUGUUAACUGCCAACGAACGUUUUUUUGUUUCAAAAAAAUCCGUAUACUUGCCGAUACGCUUCCGACCUCAAUUUAAUUAAUCAGACUGUCAGAAUUUUGACCUCAUGUUCCCAUUAAUUUAUAAUAUUUAAGACGAUUUGAAUAGAAUGUGAUUUGUAGUCACGAAAAAAGCAACUUCUGGUGAUAAUCUUAAUAACAACUUUGGUGGCGGGUAAUAUUAUUUGAAUCGUUAUUGACGAACUUGAAUUUAAUAAAUUUAAAUAGCAAACCUUCAUCAGUUAUGAAGGUUCGUUGAUUUUUUAUUAAAUUCGACGAAUUUUAAUGGAGAGGAUAAUUUUGCUUCAGUUAAAGCUCAAUUAUUCCUUGGUUUUGAAUCACAAUUGCAUUUAAAAAACGAAUUGGUAUAGUGAUUUUGUACAUAUUUUAAAAACGUGAGUAAAUAAAAUGAUAAUUAUGUAAAUGCGUUCUGGUUCUUAACCACUAUAUCUUUAGGUAAUGUUUUGUUACAUGAUUCAUCAACACAUAAGGUGCUUACUGUAAACGAAAAAUUAAGACGUAUUUAACUUGAAUUAAAGAAAAUUAACAUAUCCAA